AUGGCCACCUUGGCACCCCCCCAGCUUUCCGCCCCUGCCACAAAAACAUCUUGGGCCGACGAAUUAGAUGAAGAUGAACUGCCGCCGCCAUCAGAAAAGAUCGACCCGGCGACGGGCAUCAAGACCAUAGUCGAAUACAAAUGGGAUGAGACGGGCGAGAAGAAGAUCAAGACGGUCCGAAAGAUCAAGCGAACCCUCGUCACCACUCGGGUCUCGCCCACCGUCGCCGCACGCAAGGCCUGGCCGAAAUUCGGCCAGGAGAAGGGCAAGAAGUCCGGCCCGGAUCUGGCAACCACCACCCUGGGCGAAGCGAUCAAGCUGAAGAUCGCCGUCGCCGGUCCGAACAAGGAACCGGUCGUCGAACAGACCAAAGCGACCAUCGUUCCUGGCGGAAAGCGAAUCACUUGUCGACUCUGUCAGGGAGACCAUUUCACCGCAAGCUGUCCCUACAAGGAAACCCUCGGUGGCGUUUUGGGAGGAGAUGCCGCGGACCAAGACCAACAAGAUGGGCCCGCAGCCUCGCAAGCUCAAAACAGCACCGGCGCCGCUGGCGGGACAGGCAAAUAUGUGCCGCCAUCCCAACGAGACGGCGCCAAACGAGGCGACUCGAUGCAGAAACCGAACAGGGACGACCUGCCCACGCUCCGGGUUACCAACCUGUCCGAGGACGUCCAGGAGAGCGACCUGUGGGACCUCUUCGGCCGAUUCGGAAGGAUCUCGAGGAUCUACGUCGGUAAAGAUCAAGACACUGGCUUGUGUAAAGGUUUCGCAUUCGUCAGCUUCGAAGAUCGGAUGGAGGCUGAGCGCGCCAUGAAAAAGAUCAACGGCCUACCCUACGACCAUUUGAUCUUGGGAUGCAUGUGGAGCUUACCCCGUGGCGAAAGAGAGGCUAAAUAA